AUGAGCGGUCCGACACUUGAUGCUCUCAUUCGAGUUGAAAGCAUCCUGCGUUGGAGAAAGGAAGAAUGCCAUAACUUCACUGUUUCAAGUGAAAUUAUGUUGAAGUUCAACAUGGCCACCAUAUAUCUGAUAAAGAAGGAAGACGAUUUUCUGCCAGACAAUGCAGGUAUGGAAUCUGAUGAUGAACAAACAUUUUGCCUUAUUUAAGAUGUAAGUUACAACACAGUUAAUAGAAGGGGGAUUGGUUAGGCUAGCCGGCAAACUUCAAAGACCUCAGAAAUUUAUGUCGAGAACUAAUUUUUAUUUUUGUCAUGUGAUCAAUAAGCGGUAUGCCAUGAGUGAAAACAAUAUAGCGAUAUAGUGAAAUUUGCUACAAUCCAACUUGCUGUUUGAAAAUAUGUAUCAUUUCAUGCAGUGAAGGCAAGAAAAACAAAGGCUAUGGUGGGGAUCAAUCAAGAAACUGACAUUGGCGACAUUCAGGACUUUCCCGAGGAUAUCACCGAAGAAGAUUUAGAAAAUAUAGGUGAGGAGUCAAACAAGGAUUUCAAUCGAAAUGUAUUGCUUGUGAUCUUAGACACAGAAACGGACGAACUCGACGAUGAGUUUCGCAAAGCUGUAACAGAAAUUGAAGGCAAGAAGUCAUUUCCUUGCUCAUAUUGCACUAAA